CACUCUCUUUUCUCCUGCAGUCACUGUUUUAACUCUCUCCUUCUCUUCAAUGGCUACAGACAACAAAUCAAGGCCGAAAGCUACCAACAAAACAAAGAACAAGCAACGUUAUCGUCCCAACAAUAAAACAGUGAAGAAAGGUGGAUACCCUUUAAGGCCAGGAGUACAAGGGUUUUAUAUAACAUGUGAUGGUGGAAGAGAAAGACAAGCCUCUCAAGAAGCUGUUAAUGUUAUUGACUCUUUUUACGAUGAGCUGGUACAGGGGACAGGUUCAAGUUUAGGACAUGGAGAAUUAUCAGAAGAACCUAAAAACAAAAAGAUUGUUUUCACAUAUUCUGAUUCAUCUAGUAGUGAUGAUGAUGAUGGUGGUGAAGGUGAUGAAGACAAAGGAAAUGAUGAGAACCAGACCAAGGAGGAGACAUCAAAAAUUGAGCAGAAUCAGGAGAAAACUGAUGAAGAAAUAGGCAGCUUGAAAAAUGGUGGAUCAGGGCCUGAAAACAAGGACAACACCUCUGCCGAUGAGCUAAUACAAGGAAAUGCUGAUAAGAAAGAGGAGCUAGAGACAACUCAUAAACAGAAAGAUAGUGAAGUGGGGGAGCCACCCUCAAAGAAACAAUGUGUGGAAAGAGAAGCACCAAAAGCUGGAAAUAUUGUUGUUGGUAAGACAGAGGAGAAAUCUGUUGAUAAACUAAUUGAAGCUGAGCUUGCUGAGUUGGGAGACAAAAGUAAGAGGCGUUUUAACUACCUCGACUCAGGUUGCAAUGGUGUUGUUUUUGUUCAAAUGCGCAAGAAAGAUGGAGAUCCCAACCCUAAGGAAAUCAUUCAACAUAUGAUGUCCUCUCUUGCCUCGAUGAAGAGACACGUAUCAAGGUUCAUAUUGAGAGUGUUACCAAUUGAAGUAACAUGUUAUGCAUCAGAGGAGGAAAUUGGAAGAGCAAUAAAGCCUCUUGUUGAACAGUACUUACCUGCUGAAACUGACACUCCAAAAAAGUUUGCAGUGCUUUAUGAAGCUCGAGCAAAUACUGGAAUUAAUAAGAUGAAAAUCAUUGAUACAGUGGCUAAAUCUGUUCCUUCACCUCACAAAGUUGAUCUUAGCAACCCUGAGAUAAACAUAGUGGUUCAGAUAGUCAAGACUGUAUGCUUGCUUGGAGUUGUUGAAAAGUACAAGGAAUUGUCCAAGUAUAACUUGAGGCAGCUUACCUCGAAGAAUUAAUUCUACUCAAACAUCAUAUAGUCUUUUGGAACAAUCAUCGAGAUCGAAGAGAAUUCUGUUGGGUGCUUUAGAUCUGCCAUGUUUAGCUUUUCAACUCCUUAGAGAACCCUUGAGGAGAUUUAUGCGUUCAACGAUCAAUGUAUUAUAGAAUUAUAAUGCAGAGGUCUUUUCAAGUCUUGUUGGAACCGUCUGUUAAAAGAGUUAUGUUUUUAGCUUGAACUUCUGGUAAUAAUUAACAUGGUUUUAGCAUUUGCUGGCUUUACCGUAUUAAUCAAAGUAAUGUUUUUAACUA